GUAACUUCUUUAAGAUGCAUUGCUCUCCCUUUACUCAGCCGCAUCUUCGGAUCUAGACAGCACGAUGCCCGUGAACUAUGGCAAAAGUGACCAUGCAGCAGUCACAGGUAGCAGCUUCCUUUUCAUCGACUCCCAAAGCGACCAGUCGAUAUCCUCAGCUGCCAGCAAGCAGAAACGCGCCUUUCUCCAGCGGGAAUUCAGGCGCAAGCAGAAAGAGGCAUCGAUACAGCGACUCAAGUCCUCGAUCCAGCCAUUCCGAGCGCAGUUACCGUUGAGGUACGAGGCUGCAACUACAACCCCCGGUCUCGACGACGGAGUUGAACAGACAAGCGGACUUGCUGCUGUUGCUGCGGCAGAUGGAGACUAUACCAAUCAUACUAGCAGCAAGCCAAAACAGAUUGUACGGAUUCAGUCUCCAAUGUCACUCGUGAGCCAGGCCUUCGUGGACCCGUUUUCAUCCUCUGUGGUGGAAAUGACAUCGAGCAUGAAUUCGUACUUUGAUCACUUCCGAAUCCAUACCAUAAAACACUGCUACCCACUGGACGCAACACGGAUGAGCAUGUGGCACUGGCAGAAAGCGAUUGCCCAGCCCGCGCUCUUACAAGCGCUGCUCUGCUCUACUGCUGGGCACCAAUUGAUUCUCAACACGGUCGAGGGCGUCCCGACCCUGACUUUUCAGAACUCGACAAAAGAAUUUCUCCGUUUACGAGGGGACGCCCUCAAGACGUUGAAUGGGGUUCUACGGGAUUCGAUGAGGGCUGUUGCUGAGUCGACUAUUCUUGUUAUCGCCUCACUUGUGGCGAUUGAGGCUAUCAGCGCCACGGUCGAAGCGGCCGAAGCCCAUAACAAAGGCCUAAAGAGCCUCGUCGACGUUUUCGGUGGCAUCGAAGCCCUCGACCACAUGACCCUUUCCAAAGUCUAUCAAAGCGACGUCUUCCGCGCAAUCCUCACAAACACCCACCCAACCUUCCCGCUGUCCCCAAAAUGGCGCAGCGAAAUCCUACAGGAGGCAAAAGUUUUCCAAUCAGUCGACUUCCUCCUCCCCUUCUACAACAACGCCAACACCAACAACCCAGACAACCCCUUAAUAGAAAUAAUGAAAACGCUCUCCUCGCUUGGAACCUCCUUCUUCAAAGCCCCAUGGUACAUGUCUCUCGACCCAAGCAUGAAGAGCUUCCUGCACGUUAUGAAACGACUCAUACAGUACUAUGAAAUCGCGCAGCUAAGCCCGUCAAUCAUCAUGCCGACGGAUAAUGAUCUCUUUCUUCUGCUCGAGUACCAGCUUGUCAACGUGACAUAUCCCGUUUCUCAUAAUGGGUUCAAUGAGCCGCUGCGGUUGGCGUUGCUGAUUUAUCUGAAUAUGCGCAUUUGGCAUCUGCAUAGUUUCCCGUAUAUGGCGUAUCUGACUGGGUAUUUAAGGACGGCGCUUGAGGGAGCGCUGGCAAGACUAAGGGGGGAUGCUCCUAGGUUGCUUUUUUGGAUUUUGUUUAUUGGGGACAUGGCGUCUUUGGGGCAUGAGGGGCAUUCGUGGUUUGUUGAAAGGCUGGCUGAGAUUGGGUACGAGCAUCUUGGGAUUAGAGGGUGGAGUGAGGCAAGGGAGGUUCUAGUUGGGUAUUUCUAUACGGAUCAACCUGGUGAUAGUGGAGGGGAGGAUCUAUGGGGUGAGGUGUUUUUAAGGGGUAGAGCAAUUACGCUUGUUUAGAUAUAGAAAUAUUACACAGUCACAUUUAU